AUGUAUAUAGCUGUUGUGUUUUUGUCUGUAUAUUCAUUCAAUUUACUUUUAAGAAGUAUGUCGUCACAUAAACCAAAACCAAAUCUUGAAGAUCCCAUUGGUUAUGAACCAGGACAAAUUCAUUUCGGAAAAGAUCAGGUAUUGUCGAAUGAAAAAAAACGUGCACCACAAGCAGGUGAAAAAGGUGAAGAAGAUAGUCAUGUCUGUGGUCAAGCGUCUCGAGAGAUUUUUGGUGGCACAUCCAGCACAAGAAUUCUUGGUGAGCCGAUAAGCAGACAAUUAGAUGCUGCAAAGCCAAUCGAUAUAACCAACAAAAAGAUAUAA